CUACAGGAAGUGGUGUGUUUUUUCAGUCGGUUUUUGCUGUAGCGAUCAAAGCUAACUACAACAAGGUGCAACCUCAGUAACUGUGGAGCUUGAUGAUCCAUACCAGACGACCAACAUGAUCCCUUCAGCAACUUGAUUCGCCAACAUGUUGGCGGACAACUUUUCAAUGUUUGACUGUCAGAAAACGACACCGCCGAGGAAACAUUAGCAGAGCAACAGCAAGUUGAGUAGUAUGCUGGACGUGGGGAAGUGGCCAGUGUUUGCACUCCUUCCUCCUGAGGAACUAAGGCUUAUUCGGCAGGCUUGUGUCUUUGGCAGUGCUGCAAAUGAAGCCCUCUAUGUCACAGUUAAUGAUGAGGUCUUCGCUCUGGGCACCAACUGCAGCGGCUGUUUAGGGCUCGGAGACCUUCAAAGCACAAUCGAGCCGCGCCGGAUUGAUGUCUUGUGUGGAAAGAAGAUUGUGUCCCUAAGCUAUGGAACUGGACCGCAUGUGGUUAUCGCUACAGCAGAUGGAGAGGUGUUCGCUUGGGGCCACAAUGGCUACAGCCAGCUGGGUAAUGGCACCACCAAUCACGGUCUGACCCCUGCCCUGGUGUCCACCAACCUCCUUAGCAAGAGAGUGACAGAGGUGGCCUGUGGCUCCCACCACACUAUUGCCCUCACAACUGAUGGAGAGGUAUACGCAUGGGGUUACAACAACUCAGGCCAAGUGGGUUCAGGGUCUACAGCCAACCAGCCAACACCACGCCGGGUCAGCAGCUGCCUGCAGAACAAAGUGGUGGUUAACAUAGCCUGUGGUCAGCUCUGCUCUAUGGCUGUACUGGACAAUGGAGAGAUCUAUGGUUGGGGCUAUAAUUGCAAUGGACAGCUAGGUUUGGGCAACAAUGGGAAUCAGCAGACCCCAUGCAGAAUCGCUGCUCUCCAAGGUAUCAACAUCGUCCAGGUUGCUUGUGGAUAUGCACAUACACUGGCACUCACAGAUGAGGGCAUGGUUUACGCCUGGGGAGCCAACUCAUAUGGACAGUUGGGAACAGGCAAUAAGAGUAACCAAGCUCUCCCCACCCUAAUAAACAUAGACAAGGAGAGGAUGGUGGAGGUGGCUGCAUGUCACACCAGCCACACGUCAGCUGCCAAGACGCAGAGCGGGCAGGUUCUGAUGUGGGGUCAGUGUCGAGGUCAGGCUGUGGCCAGCCCCCACCUCACCCAUUUCAGCAGCACAGACGAUGUGUUCGCAUGCUUCGCCACACCAGCAGUCACGUGGCACCUCCUGUCAGUAGAUGGCGAUGACUACUUGACUGUUGCCCAGUCUCUGAAGAAGGAGUUUGACAGCCCAGAGAUCUCAGACCUGAAGUUCUUGGUAGAUGGGAAGUGUAUCCAUGUCCACAAAGCCCUGCUGAAAAUCAGAUGUGAGCAUUUUCGUGCACUGCUUAAUGAAACUGAUGAGGAUGCCAUAGAAAUUCACCAGUUCUCAUACCUGGUGUACCGAGCCUUUCUGGAGUACCUCUACACAGACACUAUUAACCUGCCACCAGAGGAUGCUAUUGGGUUGCUAGACUUGGCCACAUUCUACAGAGAGACGAGGCUGAAGAGGCUGUGCCAGGAAACAAUCAAGAGAGGCAUUUCUGAGGAGAACGCCAUCACUCUGCUCUCUGCUGCUGUCAAGUAUGAGGCGCGGGACCUGGAGGAGUUCUGCUUCAAGUUUUGCGUCAACCACCUUACAGCUGUCACACAGACCCAGGCCUUUGCAGACAUGGACCACGACCUGCUCAAGAACUUCAUUAGUAAAGCCAGUCGCUACGGGGCCUUCAAAAACUGACUAGAGCGUCCCUGUAGUGAUGGAUUCAACACGAUGAGGGCUCAGCUCACUGAGGUCCUGAGAGUGGACCUUAGACCAAAGUAAACACGGGCUGAUCAGCACUUUAAAGCCUUGUCGCUGGGGAUGUUAACACUGAAGAGGCAAACAGUUUCAGGUUUCACCCUUUAACUGUCACUGCUCUAAACAUGGUAGUUGCUUGGGGCGUAAAUAAAUAUUGGGUUUGGACGCUGCAGAGGUUCAAUAGGAAGACGUGCCACAGUGGUCGUCUAACUGUUGUCUUUGUGUGACCGACAAUUGGUUUGUCUAAUUGAGUGUCUGAUCUGUUUGAUCAAGCUAGUCAACAGGUGGAUGGGUGCUCACAGUGACAUCCCGCUCAGGCAGUAAGCUAAACAGAAUUCAUCGCAAUACAGGGGUGUGGCGUUGAGGUCGAAGUAAUUUUUUUAUGACACUGCCCUUUAUCAGUUAGCAAAAAAAAUGAUGAAUGUGUAUAUAGUACUGUAGCCAUGAAUUGACCCUUCACAUUGUGCUGCUUUUAUUCGAAGCCUUGAUUCUCAAACUUUGUGGAUUGAGAAGUAGUAUUUAAUGUGGAGAAACAAGGAGUUCUUCUGUUUUUAGAAAAAACGACAACCUACACCUUCUACGAACUCCUAGAAUGUGUAUCUAAACAAUUAUAGUAUCUGUUCUAUUGCAUAAGUCAAUGUUAAAUUUUGCCACUUUGUUUUUAUAUUGCCAUCCAAACUAUUAAUUCCUGAUUGGUGUUUAUUUUGACUAACAUUUGCACUGUUUUGCUGUAGACAGUUACUUUGACCACUGUCAGCAGACUGAUAAAAGAAGGUGCAGUUGCAGAGAUAAAGACAUCCUACCGCAUGUUUACUUGUGUUCAGAUUAACCCUCUCUGUGCAGCUGGAAACAGUGUCUGACUUACACAAGCAUAUUGGUUCCUGUGUAGCCUGUUGGUGAUGUUAGCUGAUUUUACAGUUGUAUUUCAUUGCAAUUUGGUAUGUUUACAAAAGUUUGGUUGUUUAUUGCUUCUUUUUUUAAAAAUGUUUGUAUGUUGGCAGCAAUGUUCUGGAUCUUUUUACAAGUCUUCCUUUAUACCUCUCCCCUGGUAGCACCUCGUGGUAAUGAAAUAAUGCUGGCUUUGUGUAAUUGCCAACUAAUGUGCUGAGUAUAGCCCAAGUCUCAUACAGGACCACACUUUACAUGUAGUCUCCAGAUAA